UGAAGCAAUGACAAGUGGACUUAUUUUAACUGAGCGUAAAAAUAAUGUUCUAUGGGUCACCCUGAACAGGCCAAAGAAAUUUAAUGCUCUCACUAGACAGAUGUUCCUUGAUUUGUGCACAGUUUUUAAUGAUGCUGCCGAUGAUGAUGAUAUUGCAUUUGUUGUUUUUACAGGAGGAAAAGGGAAGUAUUACUGCGCUGGAAGCGAUUUUUCUCCAGCUGAGCUUUCAACAUUGACAGAUAUCCAAGAACAUGGAUACAAACUUUUUGUGGACAUCUUGAUUGCUUUCCCAAAACCAAUAAUUGCUUUGGUAAACGGACAUGCCGUUGGAGUAUCUGUGACUAUGCUGGGUGUGAUGGAUGCGGUCAUUGCCAUUGACACUGCAACGUUUGCCACUCCGUUUGCAGACAUUGGUGUGUGCCCAGAAGCGUGUUCCAGCUACACCCUCCCAAGAAUUAUGGGUCAUCAAAAAGCUGCCGCACUGAUGAUGUUCAGCGAAAAGUUUACCGCUCACGAGGCUCAUAUUGCGGGAUUGGUUACACAAAUUUUACCAGCUGCGACAUUUGAAAAAGAUGCAAAGAAAAUCAUCGACCGCUACUCAAAGCUUUCUCCAAUUACCAUGAAAGUAGCAAAAGAACUGAUGAGAACCACCCAAAUCAAAGACGAACUGCUCACUGUCAACCGAAAAGAGCAAGUGCAUUUGAAUGGGAUGUUUUCCCACGAGGACACUAUUGCUCGUCUCACUGCGAAAUUUGUUAAACCAUCUAAAAUAUGAACAAUAAUUCAUCAUUUCUCGUCUUACUAAAUGUAUUUUAUUUGAAGUAAAUACAAGGUUGCCUAAAUACAUUAAAAUAAAUGGAAACCCUUAUUUUUGUUUUUUUUUCCACGCUUUUAUUAUUUUAAUGUUAAAAUGACACCUUCUGAACAUUUUGGAUUGAGUUUAUUUUCAAAAUAAAUUCAUAAAUUCAU